AAGAGUACCCUAUCCCCCGCCUGUUCAUCCGCAAUUCACAGAGACCUCCGUGGACCCCCGGAAAAGUUCCCGCCAUUUAUUUUUCAUCUCCAUAUUUGGUAUGACUAAUUGCUUGGUAUUUGCAAAAAAAUAAAUAUGGCUGCGUCCAUGGGUGCUACUCUCGUAUCGAGAAUGAUGUGGGCCUACUGAAUUUGGAAAACAAGAAAAUUUCGAUGAGUACAACAAUGGCGACGGAGAGAGAAGAAAGUGACAUGCUGACAUUAAGUGGGCCGUAUGGAUAUCCUUAUGGUGAUGAAGAGAGUAAAGAGACACCCAAAACAGCAGGAGUGAUGGCAGAAUGGGAAGAGGUCAACUGCAAACUGAGACAUCAUGGCUAUCAACCUGUCAUGGUGUUACCUUCCAGCCGACUUCAACAGAUUCCUGUAGGAGCUGUUGUGCUAGAGGAGUUCACCUCCAAGAAUUUGCAGAACACAUUGGACAAGUUGAUGACUGAUUGUGAUAGGAGACAAUCAAUGGUCCAGGAACUGAUCAGCUCUUCUCAAAGAAUUCAGAGAGAUGCUGAUGAAGAAAGGGAAAGAGGUUAUCGAUUUGAAAUGGAGAUCAGGACUCUACAAAAAGAGCUGGAGGAAGAAAAGCUCAAGACUCAGGAAAUGGAAGGGUUGCGCUUGGUAGAACUUCAACGUCAUGGAGAGGAAGUACGAGAGCUGACGAGGAACAAAUCUGAACUUGUAGCAACAAAUAUGCAGUUAGAAGAGAAAAUCACUCAAAAGGAAGCAGAAAUCUCAAGACUAAAAACAAGAUGUCAAGAUCUUGUUAAAGCGGAGGAAAAGAGGCUUGAAAGAAGAAGGAAAGUUGCCAACACCUUUUCAAAAUGUUCUCCAAAACAGAGUACCAUGGAUCAAAAAGUGCUAGAUGUGAUUGACAACUACGAAUCUCAGCUGAGUGAAAUGAAGCACGAACUUGAUCGUUUGAGGAAAGAAACAGAAAGCCACAAUUCCUCUGUUGGUAGUUUUGGUGAUAUUCAAAGUGAGCGAGCUGCAGACAGUGGAGAAGUGUCUCAGUCUGUGAACAGCAGUAUUAACGUCAGUAGUGAUGCGGUCCUGUCAAGUAAUCUGAAGGGAUCUGAAGGGGAGUGGUUAAAAGAUGGAAAACCUGGUACAUCAAGGGAAAGCCGAUAUCAAGCUAUGGAAGAAAAACUACUAGUAAGACAGUCUGCAGAAAAGCAGGUAAAAGACACCAAGAAGUUGAUUAAGCUUCUUGAGAGUGAAAACACGCAUUUGAAGUUGGAAUUGGAAUCCAGACCCAACCGCGAUGAGUGGAAGAGAGUAAGGAAAUAUAAUAAACAGCUUGAAAGACUCCUUGCUGAAAACAACCUGAGUCCUGCCAGUAAGAGGCACAGAGAAACAAGAUCUAGAGUGAGUGACAAUCCUGCUUCAAGGACUCGGAGGCACCCCACACAUAUUGAAGAUAUUGAAUUUUUACCCAUUGAUGUUUGCCGAGAACAUUUAAAGACGGUGUGCGUUGGACUUCGUGUUAGUGACCUUAGAGAUAUUCCUAAAAAAAUAAACACUAUGAAUAUGAUGGCAGAGUCUUAUCCUCCCAUGGAAAAGCUAAUCAGGGAUAUCAUGGAUGUGAUAUCCUCUAAAGAUGGCCCCAAAUUAUCAGCUGACGUUCUGUCCCAUAGUGCAAUUUCACAUGAGUUUCACUGUGAAAAAGCAUGGCAGAAUAUCAUUCCAACUCUCAAGCUGUGGCUCACCGAACUUUCUGGACUUCAAGAUCUGCAAACAUCAAUUAAUCAACUGUCAUCUCACUUAAUGCCAUGGAAAACGGAAGCCGAGCUUGAACAGGAAGACCAUACACCAGUAACAAUACAGAAGCUAAAAGAAACUGUUGAGGUUCUUUGUCAGGAUAAUCGAACCAGCCCAACCGAAAUAAGACAAGAGGAAGAACCAUCAGUAAAUCAGCUAAAGAGCAUUGUUGCUCAUUUUCAGAAAUUGUUUGAUAUAACUAGCAUUGGUGGAGUAUUUCCAAGAAUGAAUGAGGUUUAUAUGCGGCUUGGAGAGACAUACAAUGCAAUGAAUAACAUGCGAGAAUUUCUUGGUUUAGAACCAGCUUGCAAAGCUUCUGAUGUGGUGAAUGCAGUAGCUAAACUUAGCAAAGCUAAGCAUCUCUUGAAGGUCGAUGACCUGCCUGGCAUAAUAAAACGCCUCGAUCAGUAUGAUGAGUUCUUUCCAGCUUUCCAGUCAGUGGUUUCUGAACUCAAGAGGCUUUUAAGAGUUCAGGAGAUGGAUGAAAUUGUAACAGCUGUGACUGCUCUUGUCAAGUUUCCGCAUUACUGACUUCAAAAGCAGUUGAAUUUUUAUCCCAACAAUUCCACCAGCCCUCUUUUAGGCCUUGUAUAUCAGUUACGGUCACUUUUGCUUCAUUGCUUUUAAAUUUACUUCAGUUUCGCGACCGACGAAUUCCCAGUUUGAACUCUUUUUCUCUGAAAACAAUUAAUUAGCUUUUUUAUGUGAUCAAGUUCUUUUUAUCAGUCCGUUUACUUGUAAAUAGUAAGAUAAGGUCCUUUGAAGGUCCCACAUUUUUUGCAGCAACAUAGUGAAAGACUCGGUAAACGUGAGAUUGAGUUAAAAUGUCUUGCUCAGAAUAAUAAAACAAAAAGCCUACUCCGG